UCAGCUGUCAGUUGCUUCCCGCUAAGUUUCUCUCUCUAAAACGGCCUCCUCUAAAUCUCUCUCUCUCUCUCUAUAAUGUGUCGGAGAUUUUUCAGUCAUUGCACUGAGCUCUCGAUUUCGUAGGAAUUCUUAAAGUUAUCUCUCUGGAGAGAAUGGAGAAGGAGGUGAAUGUGAAGAGGCAAGGGAGUGAGGCCGGCGACGGCGGCUGCGACGCCGUCAAGCGGCAGAAAAUGGCGGCGAUUUGUGACGUCGGUGAGGCGGAGGACGGCGAAGAUAUGAUGGCGUGGUUAACGCUGGACGACGAGGCAAUGACGGAGUUAUCUAAGCUUUUGGACUCGGAGACGACGCCGCAGCAGCAGGGUUGCAGAGUGAGGUUCAUCGAGGAUCCGUAUUCGCCGCCGGUGAUUUUCCAGUCAUCGGCGUACAUUACGAUCAACGGCAACGAGGAGUCCUGCGGUUCCUCGUUCUCCGACUUGGAUUCCUCCAUGAUGGCCAGCAUCGACAUGGGCGGCGUCACGGGGGUGUUCGGAGGGUUGUCUAAGAAGGAGAAAGGUUGCGCGUGGGGGCCCGACGCUGACGAGGCGCGUGGGUGGAUGCUGGAGAAAGAUGCUUUGGAAACCGAAAGACUUCUUGUCAACGAUGCGUACGGCUGCGAUUGGUCUAACCGUUGGAUCGACGAUGGCGAUCAUACUGACGAUUCUAUUUGGACUAAUAACUUUCUGGGUGACAUGUGAAAAGUGCUGCGUAUUUCUUUUUACACAGCGUGGGGUCAUCUGUAAUUAUCUGAAAGUAAAAGGACCAAAUCGGAAACCCUCCUCGGGGAUUUAGUGGAUUUUGAAGAAGAAGAAAAAAAGUUGUAGAUUAGGGACUAGAGAGGCAAAGUGAAUGAAGUGAAGAUUACUCGUUUUGUCCUUUUGGCAUUUUCAUAAGAAUUCUUUUUUUAUUUUUUGGUUCUUUUUUCCCCUUUUUCUUUACAAAAAGAAAAGGUGAAAUGAUGAAUGACAAGCCUAGUAAACAGAAGAUUUGUGUUUUGUC